AUGCCUGAGCUUGGGCAGAAGCGGAAAUGCUUGGACGGCGCGAUUCUUCCUGACAUGAAGUUUCGACGGAUGCGUGGGAAGGUCCCCAAGAAGCAGCAGCGAGCUCUCGCUUUGGUGCCCUUGCCUUCGAAAUCAGGCAUUAAGGAUGAGCCCCAAGUUGACUUGAAGCUAUUACCACCUGGCACAUUUACGGACUAUUUGCGACUUCUGCGACAAAAGCAUCCACGGGAGAAGCUGUCCUUGAAGCUUUUCCUGAAGGUGUGGGGUCAAAGCUUUGCUCAUCGACUGGGCAUAAGGCCACCAUCACAGCAUUCAACAUGCGGAAUUUGCAAGAAGCACAAGAUGCUGCUGAAGCGCAUAUCGAAUGAACGAGCACGCGCAGGGCAGACGCAGGAGUAUGUCCGGCGCUUGAAGCGGACUUACGCUGAUCGAGUCUGUUACUGGACAUCACGGGCCACGUCGCGACUCCUUUUUCUGCCGUGUGGACGGCGAAGCUUCACGAUGAUAACUGACGCUAUGGACAAAUCAAAAUUCAAGUUUCCAAGGUCAAGGGUAAUAUGCUCGAAGGAGUUUCAGACCUUCGCUCGGCCAGCCCUGGACAUGUCGACCAUCAUCACUCACGGUCACAAUUGCGUCAUUGCUGUCAGUGGCCCCCCACUUGAAGAAGGACGCAUCGUGGGUGGUGGACCUAUUGUCCCAUGCGAUACACCGCUUGGCAGGGAAGUACAACGUCAGGGAAGCAGAAUUCAUUGUCCAAUCGGACAACUGCGGGAAGGAGACGAAGAACAAUGUUCUCCUCCAUUUUUGUGGCCUGAUGACAGCACUCAAGAAGAUAUAUCGCAUUGA